AUGACGCUGACCCUACCGUCUUGGAGACGCAUCGCCGCCAUCCCGCCUGAAGUACUCGACAGUUACAAGGACAUGAUUGCCGAUACGAUCAACGAUUUGAACACGCAUUUGCAGGAUAUGCAGGAGAAGAUCGACCGCCUUAAGGCUGGGGAUGUCGCAGCUAUUGACGAAGUAGCGCUGGAGUGGCAUGCCAUGGCGGAAGAGAAGGAGAGCACCAAGCAAGGCCUCGACAUGUGUGCACGCUUGUCUGCUCAGAUAAAUCAGUUCGAAGCGGCGUCGGCGGAGUCUGCUCAAUAUGCGGAGCGUCCGUCGGCACACAAACACAUCAAGACCGGCCUGAGUCAAGCUGGACAGUCCAUCAAGUCACUCGUAGGUCGUCUGCAGUCCCACGAAGCGCUCGUCAACAGUCAGCUGGAAGCCAUGUCUCUGCAAGGGGCACUGUCCGAGCCCGUCACCUCCCAACUCGAGCGCCUUCAGCAAACGAAGGAAAGCCUGAGCCAGUGUAUUCGUAUCGUAUCCCAAGCCGGCGAGCUGGCCGAAGAACGCAGCAACGUAUUUGAGGAUCUCACCUUAGCAGACAAUAGCUACGCCUUUUCUGUUUCGACAGUAAAUGAUCUCGUGACGGCCCGGCGACUCAAUCUCAGCGGCCGAUCUCGGCACUUUGGUAGUCAAGUAACGAACGAAACCGUGCAAAAGUCCAUGGAGGCUCUCACCCAACUGGACGCGGAGCAUCUGCGGUACUCAGCCGGAAUGGAUGGCUCUCAAAAGGCGACAGCUUUUGCCACGACGACAAACGGCUCGCCAAACUCGAGGCACUUUCGCGAUCGCUUCGGGCCGGGAGUCACCUUGGUAGCAAAGAAUGAAUAA